GUCUUCUUCAGAGUUAAGCCGGCACACCUUCGCUGAACAGCUCGACCAUCACAUCUGGGCCGCCUACUGCACAUUACAAGGAACCAUGGCAAAGCGUGUUGCAGUUAUUCUCUCAGGCUGUGGAGUUUAUGACGGCACAGAGAUCCAUGAGGCCUCCGCUGUCCUCGUCCAUCUGAGUCGAGCUGGAGCAAAAGUGCAGAUGUUUGCUCCGAAUGCAGAUCAGAUGCAUGUUGUUAAUCACUGUGAGGGGAAACCUACAGAGGAGAAAAGAAACAUCCUGCAGGAAAGUGCUCGCAUCGCCAGGGGUGACAUCACCGAUCUAGCCAAGUUAGAUGUUUCAGCAUUUGAUGCCGUCAUCAUCCCAGGAGGCUUUGGUGUGGCGAAGAACCUGAGUGACUGGGCAGUGAAGAACAAGGAGUUCACCAUCCAGCCACAUGUAGAGAAGCUCAUCACGGCUUUCCACAAAGCCGGAAAGCCGAUGGGCAUGUGCUGCAUGUCCCCCAUCCUCGCCGCCAAAAUCAUGCCUGGCUGUGAGCUCACUGUGGGACAGGACAAAGAGUGUGAAAAGUGGCCGUAUGCUCAGACAGCGGGCACUGUGAAGGAGAUGGGCUGCAAACAUGUCAACACGGAUGUGGAGAAAGCACACGUUGAUGUCAAAAAUAAACUGGUCACCACCUCUGCAUUCAUGUGCAAUGCUCCCAUUCAUAACGUUUUUGAUGGAAUAGGAGUCAUGGUUAAAGAGACACUGAAACUGGCUUAAGAAGUCUCUAAUUAUAUACUGGAUGCUUAUAUUUACUUGAAAACCAAUUGUGAUUUUCUGAACUAAAUUUUAAAUAUAUAUGUAUAAGCAUUUUUCUGAUGUUGUAUCAUCAAUGUGUUUGGAGAUUUUCAAUAAAAGUCAACUCAACAAAUUUC